UUGAAGGACCGUUUCACGGCAUACGUGGUUGACAAGCAGGACGACCGAGUUGAGGGACGCAUCGAUUCCCUGUCGCCUGAGGACCUCCCGACGGGUGAGGUCACGAUCAAAGUGGCGUAUUCGUCCCUGAACUACAAAGACGGGCUGGCCGCCACCGGACGGGGCGGCGUCGUGCGGCAAUAUCCGCACGUGCCCGGCGUCGAUGCCGCCGGAACAGUUGUCGCCAGCGAGUCGGCGGACGUCGGGGUAGGGGAUCGGGUAGUCGUUACCGGCUACGACUUCGGCGUCGGGUCCUUUGGCGGGUACGCCGAAUACGCGCGCGCACCGGCCGCCUGGGUGGUCAAAAUGCCCGACACCUUGAGCGAUUUCGAGGCCAUGGCGCUCGGCACCGCCGGGUUUACGGCGGCCAUGUGCCUGCUGGCCAUGGAGCGCAACGGUACGACGCCGGACCGGGGCCCGAUUCUGGUCACCGGCGCCACCGGCGGGGUAGGGAGCAUCGCCGUGGACAUCCUGGCCCAGCAGGGAUACACCGUGGCUGCCAGCACCGGCAAGCCCGAGCAGCACGACCUGCUGCAGGAACUCGGCGCCAGCCAGAUCCUCAGCCGCGAUGACCACGGCGGCAACAUCGCACUCUGCGGCCUCGUCGCCGGGCACGACUUUGCCGGCAGCGUCAUCCCGUUCCUGCUGCGCGGCGUCAACCUGCUCGGCAUCGAUUCCGUGGCUUGCCCCAUGUUAUACCGCCAGACGAUCUGGAAGCGGCUGGCAACGGACCUGAAACCCCGUCAUCUGCAGCAGCUCGCCCGCGUCAUCACCCUCUCUGAACUUCCCCAGGCCAUCGACGACAUUCUGCAAGGCAAGAUCACCGGCCGUCUACUGGUAGAGCCGCGCCCCUGA